GUUGUGUGUAUUUUUUGGGGGGGGGCUAAAUUCCGGCACCGAGGCUGAAGUCGACGGUCGCCUGCUGCCUGGUCGCUGCCGGACUGCGGGGACUCGCCGACGGAAAGCAGCGCCGCCAUGGAGCCCGCCGCCGUUCUCGAGGCCGUGCGAGAUUUUGAGAAGAAAGGGAAGAGAGAAGUGUGUCCCAUUCUGGACCAGUUUCUGUGCCACAUCGCCAGGACCGGAGACACCAUGAUUCAGUGGUCACAGUUUAAAAGUUACUUCCUCUACAAACUGGAAAAAGUGAUGGAUGACUUUCAGGCCUCUGCUCCAGAGCCACGCAGGCCUGUGAAUCUGAAUGUGGACUGCAUACCAUUUGAGGAAAUGAAGGAGAGGAUACUGAAGAUAGCGAAUGGGUACACUGGGAUCCCUUUUACUAUCCAGCGUCUGUGUGAGUUGCUCACGGAGCCCAAGAGGAAUUACAGUGGAACAGAUAAGUUCCUCCGGGGUUUGGAGAAGAAUGUGAUGGUGGUCAGCUAUAUUUAUCCCAGUUCUGAAAAAAAUGGCAGUGUGAGCAGGAUGAAUGGAGUCAUGUUUCCUGGGAACUCGUCAGCUUUUUUAGAGAGAAACGCGAACGGACCCGACACUCCCAGACCUCUCAAUCGGCCCAAACUGACACUUUCCAGCUCGCUAGCAACGAACGGUGUCCCGGACAGCGCAGAAAUCAAAGCGCUGAACACAGGCCUGGAGGUCAGCGAACCUCUCAGCUCCUCACCCUGGGAUGGGGGAGGUGGUGUUGGAAGCCCUGUGAAGAACAAGCACACUGAAGUGGAGGAUGCCGCAGACACAGACAGCCAUGAAGUGAAGAGGCUCAAGUUUGAAAGCGAGGAGGUGGAUGAGAGCAAGGAGAUGCACUGUCCUGCCCUUACUGAAAGCCUGUCUGAACUGGCAAAAGAGACCCAGUCAUCUUCAAGUGCUCCGGGAGAUGGAGGGGAGAGUGAAGAGAAGGGUGAAGCUGCAAGCUCUCUGAUGUUGGAAGGGCAAGGGCCUUCGAACACACAGAAAGGGUCCUCAUUACCGAGCAGUGAGGAAGAGAAGGCUGAGAGACGGGCGUCUCCCUCACUUGAAGUGAGGUCUGAGAGUACCAGAGAAAUGGACCAAUCAGAGCCACAAGUCCAGCCCGUGAAGCCUCCUGUCUCUGUAAACGAUGGGGGUGAGAGUGCCAAUCUGGUCAGUAGUAGCAGCAGCAGUGUGGAGAGUGGCUCCAGGGAAGCUGCCUCCACUUCUUCCAGUGAGGGCACCAUACAGGAUGCAUCCCUGCAUGAGGAACCCAUGGAGCAGGACUAAAACACUUCGUCCUUCAUCACAUAAUUUAUGGGUACAGUGUUCCUUUAGCGGGCAAAGAGCUUUCGCUUUGCGCAUCCCAGUUUUCUGAGAAUAACCGCAUGUUUGAACCCCAAGCUCUGCAUUCACAUGGCUGCUGCUUUGUGUAUAUAUUCUUUUUUAUUGUAGGUUUCUCAUCUUUGUUUUUCUUUCAUGCGUAUGAUGCUUCUCUUAACCGUUUUGUCUGUCUGUCAGGUUGCUCACUGUCCUUUUCUCAGAUCAUUGUCUUAGUUACCUUGAAUUUUUUCCAGAAAAUUCAAUUUUGCGAAGCUCACGGUUUUGUUUGCUGUUGCAGCUUUUUUUUUUUUUUUUUUUUGUCCGUCUGACUUCGUUUUUGUGCCAACUGUGCUUGCAUGCAGUACGGAGAGGCUAAGAGUUAGGGUUGUCUUACAGAGCUGUGCAUCCAGCACCCGACAAGGGUCAGGUCAGAAGACACUCUGGGAGUGUUUGAGGACCUGAGCACCCUUUCCCACAAUCCCACUGUCCCACAUUAGGAGCCCUGCAUCAGGGAGUCCCCUACAGUAGCAGUGAACCCACUUCCCUUUUUCGCUCUCAACUUUGUUUGCAUUCAGUUGUCAGUUUCACGAAUGCUGCAGUUGUGGAGGGGAAGCUUUGGAGGCAACCAGACAGUGGGUGGAGGUGGAUGCAUAUGGUUUGUUCCCACCCUCCCCCUCCAAAAUACUGUUUUAAUGUCGAGGUCUUGUCCUCUCAACUGAUUUUGUUGUGUCAUAGUUGUUUCACUGUUGACUUUGAAAGACUGAUACAACUUAGUAACUGCCUUGUUUAAAGGUCACAUACAAGGUGUUGAAUUUAGAUUGUAUCAAACUACCACAGUUUAUAUUAACUUUUCAAAGGAGUUAUCUAUUUUUUGAAAUGCUUUCUGGCAGCCAGUUCACUAUGGAGCACCAGCUGAAAACAUGCUCACUCAUUAAAUACCACGUUUUGCUGACAGAUACCCAGAGCAAUACUGGCUGCCACAUUUGUACAUGUUCCUGUGACUGUACUUUUUGAUAUGUAGAAUUUUUACAUUUCUGUAAAAUAGAUUUUGUAGAUUGUAUGUGAUCACUGCCUUUGUGAAAUGUUAUAUAAUUAUAUGAAGUUGUGUAAGCUGAGUGGGCUUUCAAUACAGUUCCUAUAAAGCAAUAAAUGUUCA